AACAACAACAACAACAACAACAACAGCAACGGCAACCCAGCAGUUAGCGUUUACGCUAAAAACAAAAGCGCACAGCAACCACAACAACAGCGCAGCAGCUGUGCGUGUAAUAAGUUUAGCAUACCAACAACGAAAAGCGGCGGGGAGAUUGGCUUGUCAAAGGAAGAAUAAGUGGCCACAAACACAGCUGACUUUUGCGGCAGCAACCGGAAGCUGUAACCAUAGCCGGAUCAACGUUACCCGAUCCCACCUGACAAGCGUUCGUUUCACUUUAACUCUGAUUUCCUAUGCUAAUGUUGCGUUUGUUAUUUUUGCCCUAACGGAGUUACACUUUGCUGGCAGCUAUAAUCCAAACGUGGUAGUAGCUUUUGCGGCAACAGCAGCAGCAGGAGCAACCAUUCAACAAACUCAAACGCAUCUACCAGCAGCCAAUUUUUUAGAAUUUGUUGUUGGAAGCGAACAUUUGCCACAGCAGCUCGCACCGUUAACAACAAUGGGCUCCUGUUUCGGGCGUUGUAUGGCAAAGGAUGCACUUGGCGGCGGCAGCGGCAGCAGCGGCAGCUCGACCAGCACCACCACCGCAACAUCCUGUUUGUG